CCGCCACCGCUGUCUGUCAAAAAAGUGUGUCUUGUCGUUGCCAGGGAAAUAUAAACAAAAAAAGACAAGCUGUUGCGGCUCGUUACUUAUCUUAGAGGAAACUGGACAUCUAGACAGUAAACACAUUAUUGGUUUGUAGAUUUCAUCAGGCUCAGAGCAGCAUGUCUCUUGAACAGUUUCCCCAAAAGACUGGACUGCCAAGAGAAGUCGUGAAAUGGCUGCAAAGCCUCGACUUGUCAUUUUAUCCGAAGAAUGUGCGCAGAGAUUUUUCCAAUGGUUACCUUGUGGCAGAGAUAUUUUAUCAGUAUUACCCCAAAGACUUUCCAGUGCAUUCAUAUGACAAAGGAACAUCCCUUUCUGCCAAACAGAGGAACUGGAGCCAUAUAGAGAGGACUUUACAGAAGCAGAAUCUACACUUGAUGAAGGAGGUCAUUGAUGGAACCGUCCACUGUAAACCAGGAGCAGCUGAGCUGUUGGUGCAGGAGGUUUAUACUAUUUUAACUAAGCAGAGUAUCAGCGAUGUUAUGGACUCAAAGACAGACUUCACUAACAAAGAGUACCAGGGGCUUCUGCCCACACUGGCCCGGUCCAGUGCCACCAAGGCCAUCAAAAACAACCUGAGGAUAACAGAGAUCAUGGCUGAGCCUGACAUUAGCGCAAACCACAGGAAGGCAGAAGUUGUACUCCAUCAGCGCCUGGAGCUCAAGGCUGCAGAUAAGGUUCUCAACCCUGGAUUUUUUAAAGUGAAGUCUAAUCUGGGUCAGCUGGCGGUCAAAAAUCUUGUGCAAUCCAUCCGCAGUGAUGAGUGCUUUGACAGCCAUUCAUCUGGAGACACUACAUCACAGUUGUGCUCCUCAUCAACGUGGAGUGGAGCUGUUGUUUCCUUGAAGGAGAUAAAGGUGUGCCAGCCUGUCAAACGCUCCCUGGUUAACUAUUAAAAGUAAUUGGAUGGA